AUGAUUCCUUUUGGUGCCGGGAUUCUCGCCUCGAGCAUCAUUGCCCGCGACCUCAAUUCACCGAACAAGACAAGCUGGAUUGCAGCUUCGUACCCCUUAACGCAGGGCGCUUUUGUUUUAAUAGGCGGUCGUAUCGGUUCCAUCUAUGGCCAUAAAAAUGUGCUUGUCGCAGCUUGUCUGUGGUGGUCAAUAUUCUCAUUGGGUUCAGGCUUUUCCCGCAACAUCGUCACGCUCAUUGCGCUCCGAGCACUGACUGGAGUUGGAGGCGCUUUCAUGGUGCCAAAUGCUAUUUCACUAUUAACCAUAAACUUCCCGCCUGGAAGACUUCGAAAUCUGAGUGUUGGUUUCUUUGGAGCAAUGGCACCCAUUGGUGCUUCGAUAGGCUGUGUGUUCGCUGGUCUUUUGGCUCAGUUGACGCCAUGGAAAUACAUGUUUUUUGGGUUCACCAUCAUGGGUGCCCUUGUGACAGCACUCGUUGUGCUUGUUGUCCCCGGCGAGACUGAACCUUUGGAUAAACACGGACGUGUUGACUACAUUGGGUGCUAUCUUGGAGUCGCUGGACUCAUACUGUUCAAUUUUGUUUGGAAUCAAGCUCCAUUCGUUGGUUGGCAGGAGCCGUAUGAGUACGCUCUACUGAUUGCUGCAGUUGCCCAUCUUGCCGCAUUCAUUCUCUGGGAAGCCCGAUUCGCAGCUGACCCAAUCUUGCCGCUCGAUAUAUGGACAGCAAAAUCGAUCAGUCCAAUGUUGUUGGCAUCAUUUAUUUCGUUCAUGGCAGUCGGCAUCUUGGUAUGGUAUUGCAAUACAUGGAAUGUGAAUCUGCGAGGAUACUCGACAUUGCUGUGUGCUGCUACCUUUGUUCCACUUGCAAUCGGAGGAACCACAGCGGCCAUAGUCAGCGGCUUGGUCGUACCACUCUUAGAUGCCCAAUACAUCUUGGUGAUAGGCAGCGCGUGUACCAUGAUUGCGUGCAUUCUUGCUGCAACAAUGCCUGACAAGCAGUCAUACUGGCCGCAGAUGUUUCCGGCAAUCACGAUUCUUAGUUACGGCCCCGACUUUCUCUUCGCAGCGUCACAGAUCAUUGCAAGCAAUACUGUAAAGAAACAUCAACAGGGAAUUGCCGGGUCUUUGAUUGGCACUCUGGUAGCCUAUGGUCAAAGCACAGGUAUUGGAUUCGCCGGCACUGUCGAAGCUUAUACCAACAAUCACGGCGCCAAUAUCGGGGAUGGAUAUCGACAUGCCUUGUAUCUGGGAAUUGGACUUGCUGGGCUAUCAAUUAUUAUCGCUAUAAUUUUUAUUCGCAUCCCAAAAGACACUCACGACGGAUGGGGUGAUGAGGAGUUAACUGUGAUGGGAGAUCUGUCCGAUCAAAGCGAGCAGAACAAAGCUGACGAGAGCUUAGAUUCCCAGAACAAACAACUACAACAACAGGAAUAA